AUGGACUCGCAAUACCAGGGCGGCGCUCCUGUGCAGCGGCCCAUGGCUCCGGCACCUCUCUUCUCAACCGCCGCUCCACAGUACUGGUCCAACCCACGACAGGCGCCCUUGAUGGCGCCUCCAUACCAACAACUCGUCUUGCCUCAGCAGCCCGCCCCUCAGUACGAGGCUGAAGGCAGGUCGGCCAACGAGUAUCCGAUUGAGAAAACGCCAUUUGCAGAGACGGAAGUUCCUCAGUAUCAGCAAAAUGACAGCCGGCCGCCGCAGCCGGCCAUGGCGCCCCAACCACCACAAACCUACAACAGCCCGGUACAACAAGUGCCGAACCCUCAAUACCGACCCCAAAGCCCGACCCCCUCGCAAGCGUCUAGCCAACAAAGCACGCCUAGUGCUUUUCGGAUCCAGGGCACUAUGAGUUCAACGUAUGUAGGUGGGGGGUUGCGGCCGCGGACGAUGAGUCAACAAUCGGGUAACGCCCGCUCCCAACCGAUGCCGAUGCAAGGCCUCGCUUUCCCGCCACCAUUGUCUCUCCGCGGGCCAGACGGACCAAGACAGGGUGGGUUCCAGGCCAACGGACCUGCGGUGAUGUCUCGCGCACCUACGUGGGAGGAGCCACGCCGGCAGCCCUAUCCUCACAGGGCUCACUCGACGAGCUCUUCGAUAAGUGAGAGGAAACCAUGGGUCGACGACGAAAAGAGGCAGGCCCCUGCCCCUGUGGGUGACGAUUCGGACCUCGAAAAGCUGGUCGAGAAGCAGGAGCAGCCGCAGGACGGACGGCUUCUCACAACACCACCCGACGCUCCUCGCCCCAAGAUUCCAUUGAGGCAUCGCAUAAAACACUUUACUUGGGCGUGGUACACGUGGACGAUGGGCACCGGAGCCCUGGCCCUUUUGAUAAUAGCGCAGCCGUUCCAGUUUCCAGGCCUCAGAAGCAUCGGGCUGGCCGUCUACAUAUUCAACCUCAUCUUGUUCUCCACCAUCUCAAUGACCAUGCUCAGCCGGUUCAUCAUGUUCCCCGGCACUUUUGGAAAGUCUAUACGGCACAAAAAGGAGGGCUUUUUCGUCGCUACCAUGUUUGUGUCCAUAUCCACAAUGAUCAGCGGUGCACACAGAUAUCUCAUUCCAGAAAACGACGCCACUUUAAACACUCUGAUUCAGGUCAUGUUUUGGGGAUAUGUCACCAUCUCCAUGAUCGUCACCAUCACCCAAUACAGCUACAUAUUCACGACUCACCAGUACGGCCUUCAAGCCAUGAUGCCUGCGUGGCUCCUACCCGUCUUGCCCAUCAUGCUGGCGGGCACCAUCUCAUCGGUGAUCUCGGCCACUCAGCCCAGCAUGCAAGCCACGUCCAUCAUCGUCGCAGGCCUGCUGAGCCAGGGCCUGGGUAUGAUCAUCAGCCUUUUGAUAUACGCCCACAUGAUCGGCCGCCUCAUGUCCAGCACGUUCCCGGACCGCGAAGCCCGACCGGCGCUCUUCAUCCUGGUCGGCCCCCCGUCCUUCACAGCCCUCGCCUUCAUCGGCAUCGCCAACAACCUCCCCGCCGAUUUCGACAUCCGCCUCAGCCCCGUGCCGAUCCUCCCCGGACAGUCCGGCGUCACCGAAAAGGCCGUCAUUCAGAUCAUGGCAUAUGUGGUCGGCACCGCGCUCUGGGGCCUGAGCCUGUGGUGGUUCUCGAUCGCGCUGACGGGCGUGCUGCGUGCACCGCCCAGGUAUUUCCACCUCCCCUGGUGGGGUAUGAUCUUCCCCAACUCCGGGUUUUCCUUGGCCACCAUAACUUUGGGCAAGUCUUUUGGCAACGUCCAGAUUCAGAUACUAGGCACCGUCAUGUCGUCCCUCGUGGUUUUGCUAUACCUGUACAUUUUGUACAAUCAUCUCAGGGCUCUUUUGAGGAGGGAGAUUAUGUAUCCUGGUAAAGAUGAGGACACGGACGAUUGA